GGGAAGCUCAAGCUUCUUGAACCUAUACAAGAAUCUCUCUCUCUACCUAUAAAACGCCAUUAAUACCAAAAACUUAAUACUAAUAUUUCAAUUCCAUCAGAAAAUAAACGUUACUAAUUGCACAGUCAGAAAGACCAAGACCUUCCAUCUCUAUCUCUCCUCUCUAAUAACCACCAUGAAGAAUAUAGACCAUCAAACCAAGCUCAUCAAGGGUGGCCAACUGCAUCUUCAUUACUUAUUUAUCUAUUUCCUUGCUUUGGGUUGCAGUUUGGGCUUUGUUCUAACUGUUAGUUUUUAUCUCAAAAACAUUUCUUUCAACUGCCAAUUCAAUCAAAUCUCAAUCGAGAGCCAAAUAACCAUUUCGCCUCCGCCACCGACGAUUUCACUUUUCUUACCAAUUUCAAAUAAAGCCACAGCUGGUAUUGUACCUGAAGAUGAAACAGUAAGUCUUACCGGGCUUAUUUCAAAUCAAACGAUACCUCGUACUGACUAUGUCUUGCAUAAUAUGGCAGAUAAAGAGCUGCUAUGGAGAGCAUCAAUGGUGGCUCGUGUUAGUGAAUUUCCAUUUAAACUCACACCAAAGGUUGCGUUCUUGUUCUUGACAAAAGGAUCUUUGCCUCUGGCUCCUCUGUGGGAAUUGUUCUUUAAAGGGCAUGAAGGGCUUUAUUCUAUUUAUGUGCAUUACAGUCCAUCCUUCAAUGGAACAGUGCCUGUAGACUCCGUGUUUUAUGGCAGGAGGAUCCCAAGCAAGGAGACACGAUGGGGGGAAUUUACAAUAGUGGAAGCUGAGCGCCGCCUAUUAGCCAGUGCACUACUUGAUUUCUCCAACCAAUAUUUCAUUCUCCUUUCGGAAUCUUGCAUUCCUCUCUUCAACUUCUCCACAAUCUACAAUUAUUUAAUGGGUUCAGAAAAAUCUUUUGUACAAUCUUUUGAUCUACGAGGUCCAGACGGUCGCUAUCGAUAUAAUCCAAGAAUGAGCCCCACAAUUAUGCUCGACCAGUGGCGAAAAGGUUCUCAGUGGUUUCAAAUGAAGCGUAACAUCGCCAUUGAAGUAGUGUCUGACCGGAAAUAUUUUCCGGUCUUCCAGAGAUUUUGCAAGGGUUAUUGUUAUGCUGACGAACACUAUUUGCCAACAUUUGUUGGCAUCAAGUUUUUGAAGAAGACUUCAAACAGGACCUUGACGUGGAUCGACUGGCCAAAACGUGGGCCGCAUCCAAGUCAUUAUGGGAGAAUGGAUGUUACUGUAAAUUUCUUGGAGAGUUUAAGGAAUAAGGGCCCAUGUGAUUACAAUGGGAAGGAGAACAGUAUUUGCUUCUUGUUUGCAAGAAAGUUCGUGCCUAAUGCUUUGCCUAGGCUUCUGAGAUUUGCUCCUAAGUUGAUGAAAUUUUAGUUGACCUCCCAUGUGUUAGUGUUAAUCUUUGUUGGAUAAUAAAUUUUGGGGCACAACAA